AUGCUAUUCAAAAUUUCGAGCUAUUUUAGCAAAUAAAAUACUAUAAAAACAAAACAAAUAUUUGAUAGAGAUAAACAUAUCAUGAAUAGAUAAUAUGCUUUAAGAUCAAAUAUUGAAAAUAUAUUUUUAAAACAAUCGACCUUCACAUUGGCUGACAAUUUAUCUUCAAUUCGAAAAUAAUAUGAUGGCAAUAUCGCCUACUUUGGAUAAGGAGCUGCAUAAUUCUUAUAAAAUUUACCCAACAGUCUAUAAUUUUAAUAAUACUAGAUUUAUAGCCUAAAACCAUAUAUUUAUGUGAUAUUGACUUAGAUUUUUUGGAAUAGAGCAUAUAAUAACUUAACAAUGAUGAACAAUUAAAAGGAAAAUUUUAAAUCUAGAAAGUCUCUGAAAUGAAAUCUUAAGAUAAUAUAACAAGAGUGGUUCCAAUAUGUUGUGAUGAGGAUUUUUGGCCUUUCUUGGAUGGCCAUUUGCAAUUAAUCGUAUCAAAUAUGAAUUUGCAUUGGGUAAAUGACUUGCAAGUAGUUUUAAUAAAAUGGUUAGAAAGUUUAGAACCAGAUGGUACAUUAGUUGGGUCAAUAUUUGGUUCUGAUACUCUACAAGAAUUGCGAAUUUCAUUUUCUUUAGCUGAAAAUGAACGAUUUGGAGGAGUUUCAUAACAUGUGUCUCCCUUCAUUUCUAUAACAGAAAUGGGAAACUUGCUAGCAAGAUUAAAAUUCAACCUACCUACAAUAUGCACAGAAAGAAAGUAACUAUUUUAAAUAAUAUUAAUAUAGCCUUUAUGAGUUUGAUUCUGUAUAUCAUUUGAUGCAAUAUAUUUAGGACAUCGGAGAAGGCGAAGCAUUGAUUUAAAAAAGGAUAGGUACUUUUAAAGAAACAACUCAAAGUGUGAGUGCUAUCUAUGAAUCCUUAUUUAAAAAUGAGAAUAUGAAGGUAAAUAGUACUUUUGAAUAAAUCUAUUUUUCUGCUUGGAAGUAUCACGAAUCAUAGGCUCAACCAAAAUCGAGAGGUAUAAAAUUAUUUAUAAGUUUUAGGUUCAGCAACUGUUUCAUUACAAUAAUUAUAGAAUGAAAUACAUCAAAUAGCGCCUGAAGAUAAAAUUAUAUAUGGAACUUUAACAGAGGAUGAUAUUUAGGAAAAUCUGAUUGAGGAUAAAUAAGGAACUAAAAAAAAAGAUUGAUAUUAUAAAUGAGAAUAUUAAGCAAGC